UUUGAUCAUUCUUUUGACGGAAGGCCAUUUUUUUCUAAAAAAGCCCGGCUUCCGUUGCCUUCUUCGCGGCGCUGCACCGUAAACCCUAAUCUUGUUCUUCUUUCUCUACAUCGAACUUUUCGGGGAUUUUUGUCGCGGGCUGGACUACUCCCUCGGUGAAAGAUGGCGGCUUUGGCCCCCGAGAAAGUUAUUUCUGCAUUUGAAAGCAACACAGAAGAAAUAGAAGUAGGAAGAGGAGAAGAUGCUUCCCACGAAUUCGAGGAGAAGGAAGAAGAAGAAGAUUUGUUGUUCUCAUCAGACUCUGAAAUCGGGGAGGCCUUGGAUUACUUGGACUCCAUAGACGAUGCAGAAGGCGGAGUAGUGGAUGGCGGUUCAUUCACUCUGCUGAAUGCGAGGCGGCCGAAUGCUCACGGUGGACUCCACACCCGCCCCAACUCCUCUUCCCUUCAGCCUAUAUCCAAUAAGUCCCAGAAGUUCGCCAAUCACUUUAGGGCGUCACCCUUGGAGGAGUGGGAGGGUAGGUUCAAUGCUGGGAUGUCGAACUCAGUUACAACUGCUAUUCGAGACAGCGUUCGUGAAAUGGCUAUUGGCAAAACUAAAACAACUGAAAAAGCUGAUCGUGCAACUGUUGAGCAGGCAAUUGAUCCUAGAACUCGAAUGGUUCUAUUCAAAAUGCUGAACCGGGGUGUAUUCAAUGACAUCAAUGGCUGCAUUUCAACUGGAAAAGAAGCCAAUGUUUACCACGCUACUAAAUCUGAUGGUCAAGAACUGGCAAUCAAGGUUUACAAAACUUCAGUUCUUGUAUUCAAGGAUAGAGAUCGCUAUGUACAAGGUGAUUACCGGUUCAGAUAUGGGUAUUGCAAGCACAACCCCCGGAAAAUGGUGAAGACCUGGGCAGAGAAAGAAAUGAGGAAUCUUAUGAGACUAAGAGCAGCAGGAAUCAGAUGUCCAGUGCCACUACUGUUGAGGCUGCAUGUUUUGGUCAUGGAAUUUAUAGGCAAGUCAGGAUGGGCUGCUCCUAGACUCAAAGACUCUGGCUUAUCUCUUGAUAAGUUGCGCGAAUGUUAUGUGGAGAUAAUUAUGGCAAUGCGGACAUUGUAUCAAAAGUGCAAGCUAGUGCAUGGCGACCUCAGCGAAUAUAAUAUACUUUAUUUUGAGGGUCACCUUUACAUAAUUGACGUUUCACAAGCAGUUGAUCUUGACCAUCCUCAGGCCCUUGUCUUCCUUCGAGAAGAUUGUCUUCAUGUUUCAGAUUUCUUUAGAAAACAUGGAGUAGCUGUUAUGACAAUUCGGGAAUUGUUUGAGUUUAUAGUAAGCCCUGAUAUUGACGAUGAUUCAGUUGAUAGUUAUCUAGAAAAGAUUCAACAAAAGAUUUUGGCAAGAGGUGAUGUUAUCUCUGCUGAGGAAGAAAUUGAAGACUCUGUGUUUGUUCAGUCAUUCAUUCCGAAGACCUUGGAUGAUGUGAGGAAUGCUGAAGAGGAUGUGCAACGUAUCAUCAGUGGAAAAGACACUCAGGACAUGUACUAUCAAACUGUAACAGGCCUUAAGAAGGUUCUUUCUUUGAGCAAUCCCUCCCAGGCACAGGAGCAGCAGCAGCAGCUGGAAUACAAUGACAAGGCUGCGAAAGAUGAGCCCGCCAACUCUGACAGCCUAGUUGAUGAAGAAUCUGAAACUGCUAGUAAUGAAAGUGAUCAAGAUUCCAGUGACUCCGAUUGUGAUUCAUCAGCUGAACAUGAUAGGCAGACACCAGCGGACAGGAAAGCAGCCAGGAAAGAGAACAAGAAGAAAGUUAAAGAAGAAAAAAGGGAGGCUCGGAAGAAUAAAGUUCCAAAAGCUGUGAAGAAGAAGAAGAAGAAGCUGGCUAAAGCCAAGAAGUACCGGUGAGAAAUGCAACAGCCUUACACCUGUAAGUAACAUAGAAAGA